UUGCAACUAGCGUUGCUCCAAAAAAGGGGUAAAAGAAAAACAUGACACGUCUCAGCCUUCUAUUAGUAUAUUUCCUUUUAAAUCCAUUAAUAAAAAUAAGUAAUGGUAAUUAGGCAAUAUAUCCAGUUAAAUCCAGAAGAUAUACAUCGUGUCAAGUAGUAGACCCAAAUGACACGCGUUAGUUUUCCAGGUUGCUUCGCCGACCCACCUGCCUCCCUUGUGAACCAAUUCAACGAAUUGGGAGAAUAGUAUUGGAAAUUUCCUUUCACCUAUUCUCACUUUCCAGAUCUUUCUACUAUUUUAAUUUGUAAAAGCAAUUCCCAGUUCUUUAAUCCACCCCACCUAUAUAUACUCCUACUUAUGCAGUUUCUUUCUUCAUAGUCAAGUUUUAACACCUUAAAAAGACCAGCCAACAAAAAGCAAAUACUUUCUACUUUCUUUUCUUGUUACUUGUUAGAAGCAAGACUACAUCAACAAUGAUGAUGUCAAUUUUCAGUUCCUUUGACGCCCUAUCUGCUGAACUUUUUGGCCAAAAGCUGAGCCUUUCUAGGCCACCUAUUACUGACACAAAACAACAACAAGGGGUUGGGACUGUUGCUGCAUCAGAUCACAAAAACGUUGCUUCUCCACCGACUACUUCUUCAUCAACCGGUGGUCUGAUCAAGAAGAACGGAGAGGUACCGCCGCCGUCAUCUUCACGGCAACAACAGCAGAAGAGGCAGAGAUUUGCGCUGGAAUUCGACGGCGUUAACUGUUUCGAAACUAUCAUUCCCUAUUGAUUAAUAUUUUUUUUCACUAAAAUUGGAUCGGAGGAUGAAAUUCAUUAUUCUUGUCUAGUCAUGAUUAUUUUCAUGUAUGUCCCCUUGUAAAUUCAGGAGAUUAAUAUAUACAAUUUUUGGAUUCUGAUA